AUGGCCGCCGCCGCCGCAAACGCAGCCCGGGAUGGGCAAACAGCCCUCGCGCUCCGCCUCGCCAAGCACCUCGCUCCCUUGCCUGAGGACUCCACCGCUGUGGCCACCAAUAAGAACGUCGCGUUCUCGCCGGUGUCCGUGCACGCGGCGCUGGCACUGACUGCCGCGGGCGCGCGCGGCGCCACGCUGGCGCAGCUGCUCGCCUUCCUCGGCGCGCCGACGGCCGAGGAGCUCGCCGACUUCGGCCGCCGAGGGCACGUCGGGGCAAACUUCAUGGAGGACUUCAGGAGGCUGGACGUCGCCUGCAUGGACGGGUUCAAGGUCGUAAAGCUCCCUUACAAGCCCGGCGGCGCUGAGUCCGGUGGAGAGCCCGCUCAUGGUGGCCAGCUCAAGCGCCGCCGCGGGCAGGUAGCCGCAGAGUCCAAGGCCACGCCCCCGACGGAGGCCAACGAGAGCACGCAGCAGUACUCCAUGUUCUUCUUCCUCCCGGACACGCGUGACGGCCUCUCGACCAUGGUGGACAUGGUCGCCUCGUCGCCAGCGUACCUGUAUGGGAUAUUGGCCGAGAUGAAGGAGAGGCCUGUCAUCAUCAAGGUGCCCAAGUUCACGAUCACCUUCUGCUGGGGUGACCUCAAGGGCGACCUCAGUCGGCUGGGCCUCUCGCUGCCGUUCUCGCCGGAGGCUGCCAACCUGCGUGGCAUGUGCAAGGGCGACGAUGGAGACCAAGAAGUUGCCGCCAGCACACGACUGUCUCGGGACCGCUGGUGCCACCUUUUCGUGAUGAGAGGGAGGAGGAGAUUCGCCAUGCGGCAGCGGACGCCAAGGAAGCGCCACCACCGUCUCCAGUGCAGCAGCCGCGCCGUCCUUGAGCUGCCUAGCACGGGGGCGUACACCAUGCCAUCAAAGAAGUCCUUGAGCACCCGCUGCACCGCGCUCACGUCGCGCGCGUCGAAACCGUCGUCGCCGAAGCACAUCCGCAUUCGGUGCUCAGCGAUCACCUGUCGAAGCAUUCCUCUUGCCUACAGCAGCUUUCUUGGUGGCUCCUCCUGCUGCACCGUCAGCAUCGGCUCCUUUCCCGUGAGCAUCGACAGGGAGUCUUCCCCUCGUGUCAUCCAUGUACCUGCACGCAAAGUCCUUGAGCACCCGCUGCACCGCGCUCACGUCGCGCGCGUCGAAACCGUCGUCGCCGAAGCACAUCCGCAUGAGAAGAGUGAGCACGGCGGAGUGAAGGCUGUCGCGGAUGACGACGACGACGACGUCGUCACGGCCACCCCGGCAGCCGGAGGAGAGGCUGGCGACGAGGCCGUCGACGGCCUCCCGCUGCAGCGGAGCGAGGAGGCCGAGGCGCGACGGGUGCAAGAUGCCGGCGGUGAGGUUGCAGCGGAGGGCGCUCCAGAGCGGGCAGUGCGGCACGGUGGCGAUGCUGUAGCUGAGGUUCACGCGCUCCGCUCUGACGAACUUCACGUGGAAUGGGGAGACGGGGCGGUCGGAGAAGGUGUCGGCGUGGUCCACCAGCAUGCUGCGUGCAAUGGCGCGGUCACGGACCUCGAUCGUUGGAACUGCGGCGAAGCACGAGCGCUGCGGCUGCUGGUUCGCCGGAAAACGGCAGUGAACACUACAAGAGCAAGGCCAGCCAUGAGGAAGAAGAGCUCCAUUCCCUACGUUGGUACUCCCACUUAG